UGUCUAGUUCGCUUUAAAAUAUGUGUUUACAGAUACAACCUGUGUCAUGAGAUAGUUUGAAGUUCGAGUACAACAGCUGUAUUCGAACCACGUGUCGAGUAACGAUUUAUUUAAACAUAACAAAUCAUUUCAUACCAAUGAGCGACAAUUGCAUGUGCAAGAAGAGCGGACUCAAAUAUUAUAUGUAGAUUCGUCAAAUUCCUAACUAGGUCUUAAGGUUAUUUCACACUAGUCUAUAAGGUUUUAUAUUUAAAAUAAAAUAUUUUGUUUUUCUUGUUAAAGAUUUAACUAAUUUAUAUUGGAGUACACCACCCUAUAUUUGUCUAUAAUGUGCUUUAACCGUAAUAUGUGAUAUUGACUAUUUUCUAACUCGCGCGUCAGGAAGUAUGUUGAAGACAGUAUAAUACAUAUUCGUAUGACUGUGUCUUUAUUAAUAUGGAAACAUUUGAUUUACCUAAGUGGUUUUCUUAUAUUUUAAUUUGUAUUUUUUAAGAUAUUAAAGUAAUAUAAAACAGAGACUGGAGUGCUUAUCAUUCUUAUCAACUUUUCCACACAAUCCACAAUUAAAUCUUAAAAUCUUAAUAACGAGAAUAGUCAAUAAUAUAUGUUACUUUAAAAGUAAACUGAAGUUACGUUUGGGUUACAUUAAGAUUUAUCUUAUUAUAUUGUUUUGUUCUCAGCACGUACUAACAUUAGUGGUCAAGACGUUUCUUUAAAAUAGCAAUACAUCUUUGUAAUCAAAUAUUUGGUCGUGUUCACUGACUUCGAACUACUUGGCCACUCUUGCGGGUUCGAAACCUCGUUUGUGGUGUAAAAUUCUUUCAUGAGAUGAAGUUAUCCAGAUGGUUUGUGGAAGGUCAGUUACACUACCCAGGUGCCCUCCCGUGCCUGACAUAAUACCUGAUAGCACAUGGGCUCUUCCGCUCUGAAAAGCAGGAAAGUUGCCAUAUGCUCUAUAAGUGUGACGGUAACGUUAAACCCAACAAAAAAAAAAACCCAAAACAUUUCAGAUUUAGAUUCCUUUUAUUUUUUAAAAAAUGAAAUCAUGCUAAAACUUGAUAAUGAGCUUAGGAAAACAGUGAAAAUGUUUUUUACUGAUGUUCCUUUAAUCCAUUAAUUUUAUAAGGGAAGUUAAAGUAUGUAAUAGUUGCUAAACAAAACUAUAUUAAAUUCAACAGGAAAUAAAUAACUAAUUUAAUCAAUCAUAAUAAAGUUUAAGUCGGAGAAAGAUACCACUCAUCGUGAUAAAGACAUGUCCUCGCAUCUCUUUUUAUCGCACUAUUGAUUUUUAGCAAGUAUUAAUUUCCUACCAGCUUUACUAAAUGGUAUCAUUCAUUAAAUUUUCAUUUUCCAUAUGAUAAAGUUGCUUUUGUUAAACAUGGAUACAGCUGAAAACUAUACGCGUACUACCAAUUUGACACAUACUUUUGCGAAUGUUAGUGAACAUGACUGUCGGCUAUACCCAGGCGAGGAUGUUAAAUGCUUAACUUUGAAAUAUAGUAAACUAUCCUCUUCGAUGUUGUCCAUUGCUGGUUCGUUACUGACCCUAGGCAUUGUGGUGCUUUUUAAGAAAUAUAAGGAAUUUACACAGCGUAUGAUUGCAAAUCUCAGUUUAGCAUCAAUGCUGGUGGGUAUCAGCUAUUUAUUAGAUGAGUUUGAAGAACAUGCUUCUCCGCUGUGUAUGUUGCAAGGAGCUUUGAUGACGUUCUCGAUUUGGUCAAAUAUGAUGUGGAUCGUUUGCAUCAUUGCUAACUUGUACAGAAGAGUUAUUGUUGGAGUCGACUGGCGGCGAAAAGAGAUACUAAUCACCGUCACAUGCUGGACAAUACCAUUGAUAAUGAUGUCAUUACCGUUUGUUGGCGAUAUGUACGGACCUGCUGGGGUAUGGUGUUGGAUAAAGAAUGAUGUUGCAUGGAGAUUUGGCAUAUGGUAUAUCUGGAACAUUCUAUCUAUCGUUGUAUUCUUCUUCGUCAUGGUACACAUUGUGUACACAUUGUUAAAGGCUGUAAACGAGCAAAGGUCAGAUCUUGGUGUACUACGCGUCCAGACAUUACAUGCAGAUAUUCGAAUACUUCGAAUGUAUCCGGUAGUGUAUUUCGUGGUAAAUAUAUUUCCAAUAAUAGGACGGAUUCAGGACGCCUUGUAUGGCUACAGCUUCGAAGUACUUCUUCUUCAGACACUUUUUGGACCGUUGCAUGGGGCUGCAAUAGCUUUAGUGUUUGUAUUAGACAGAAAAACCGCCAAGCUGUUAAACGUUAAAGAUUUACGAAAAGCAGUAGGAAACUGGAGAAAAAGCAAGACACAGAUUCAGGAAUACCAACACGGAAGAGAGUUUUCCCGCAAUGUACCCUGUGUUGAAACGGAGUCCUCGUUUUAACAAAUGAAUCUUAAAAUCUACCUUUAGAAGCAACUUUUAAUUACCAAGUCAUUUUAAAAUUGCAAAAUAUUUCUGCACAGACAUUUCAUACAUCUUUAAUCCAGUUUGCGUAAAGAAAAAAAUAGCAGAUUUUAAUGUUGAUACAUGUAAUAGACAUAGGUAAAACAGGUCAAUAUCAUUCCAUUUUAACUAAUCCUGCUGGUCCUGUAAUACCAGUACAACAACUGUACAUAAAUGUGGCAUUUUAAUGCAUGCAAAAAUGUAGUAUAUUCACUGUAAUUUAUACUGAUUUUCACUUUAUUUUGUUAUCGAUGUUUUGAAGUUAAUUGUUUGAAUAAGAUGUCAAAACGUCUGAAGCAGUACAGCAAUGGUAUACCAUACACAUACGAAUGUAUUCCAAUUGAGGUUUUUGUGAAAAAAUACGACAUCGUAUCUCAAACCGUUUUUCAUUUUCUACCCAACUGUGUAAGUGCAAGAGGAGUAAGAUAUCUAUGCAUGUAAGCUUUUGCCUGAGGCAAGAGUUGUCAUUCUUUGCGAACAAAGGUAUUGAUAUAAGUAAAACGUUCAUAAAAAUCAUUUUUGGUUAUUUGAAGGAUUUAGAAAUCAAUAUUUCUUGACUUUAGUUAAUGUGUCUUUGAAAAAUUAAGGUUCCAUCUCUGCAUGUAACAAUAGGUAAUAAUUGUAAAUUUAUUACGUUUAUUAUUGCAUUUUCGAUUCAAGAAUAGAUUACAUUCAUAUUUUGAAUAUUGACUUUUGUGGUUUCUCAAAUAUAUUUUAUAUUUUUCCCUGUAAAAUUAUUAGAUAUAGUCAGCUCUUAUAUUCUAAUAUUUUGCUGAAAGCAAAUGUAAUUGACUUAUAUUUUGUCUUACUUUGUGUAUUUUGUGAUAUCAAUCAUUCGUACAUCAAUAUAUGAGCCGUGCC